AUGGACUCUGAACCAGCGGGAAACGAUAAAAUUACUAAAUCAACAAGGAAAAUAAUUCCUGCAGCUGGCUGUAUACCACGUAUCACAAGAAAAGAGCAUUGUUUAGCUCGAGCACUCUACGAUAAUGUCCCCGAUACCCCAGACGAGCUCCAAUUUCGGAAAGGUGACACUUUGGUUGUACUGGAACAAAACACAGCGAACAUCGAAGGAUGGUGGCUUUGUUCCCUACGAGGAAAACAGACACACCGCCAGCGGUCAGACCUCGGUCACAGAAUAAUAAAACAAUCAGAAUACCCACUCUUGAAUGCUUGUCAAGAUAAGUACGCACAUCGUAAAGAAUGGAAGAGUUUAAGAAGGCCUAUGUCCAGCAGUGGUGGACAUAGAGUGGUAAUGAAGGGUGGUUGA